AUGUGUCUUUUUCUUAAUUUCAGAAACAAGGACGGUUUGAAAGGAUUUACAUUCUCCGCACUUAAAUUCAUUGUAGGGAAAGAAGAGAUUCCCACCCAUUCGUAUGUACCAGAAGGAGCUUUUGUAAAGAAAGAAAUUGAAGUACAACACUGCGAAGAUAGAACACAGCAAAUGAAUUUUAUUGCGACAACAAAAAAAAUUGUGGACAACAUAUGCAAAAAUGGUCCCAGGCACAGAUGCUGUAAGCACUACGAAGAUAAUUGCAUCUCAUAUUGCAUUAAAGGCUUCAUUAGGAUGUUUAGCGUCGGAUACCUGAUCCAGUGCUGCCUUCGCAUCCCAUCCGCGUUCCGACAUCUGUUUACACAACCAUCCCGGCUUCUCUCGCUUUUCUACAACAAAGAAAACUUCCAGCUUGGAGCUUUCCUUGGGUCAUUUGUCAGCAUAUACAAAACAACAAUACNAUGGAUACGGAACCUGGACGAUGAAGUACACGCACUCUUUGCAGGGUCCCUAGCAGGCUUGUCAAUGAUGUUUUAUAGAAGCACAACUAUUUCAAUGUACCUAGCUUCCAAACUAGUAGAGACUAUGUAUUUCAAAGGCAUUGAAGCUGGAAAGGUUCCUUAUUUUCCUCAUGCAGAUACUAUUAUCUACGCUGUCUCCACCGCCAUCUGCUUCCAAGCUGUAAGAUUUUUGUUCUUUAGGUCCGAACUCUUUUGUUUAUGUUUUGUUAAUGAUGCUGAUUAAGUAAAGUCAAAGGCUGUAGGGCGGUUUGUCCGACUUAGACAUUCAUUCGUACGACGGCUGCUUGACUCUUAUUUCACUUUAAGAAGUUUGUUAAUGUUUUCAGGCUGCUAGAGGUGAUCAAACCUGCCAUUUCUGGGGGACUUUUCUGACCUAGGCUUCCUGAUACAGUAAAAAGCACACACUUAGUCCCCAAAACCUUGUUUUUAUUUCAAA